AUGCCGGAAACAGAGAGCUUUGGAUGGUAUGGCCUGGGGUCCAUGGGUAUCGGCAUGGCGCUGAACCUCCAUAACCACCUUGCAGCCAAUGGUCUACCGCCACUUCGGUACAGCAACCGGACGUUGUCCCGAGGCGACGCCCUCCGAGAGGUUGGUGGUUUGCCGGAACGGGACUUUGAAACGCUUGUCCUCAAGUCCACAAUUAUCUUCACAAUGAUCUCCAACGAUGAAGUCCUGGAGAGCCUGAUUUCAAAAGCUCUGAGCACAUGGAGCGGCGCUCUGCUAGAAGGCAAGAUAUUUGUGGACACAUCAACCGUUCACCCGGAUACCGUGGCGAGAUGCUCUGAGCGUCUUGCCAAGGCUGGUGCCUUUUUCAUCUCCUCGCCCGUAUUCGGCGCCAGCCCGAUGGCGGCUGCUGGGAAGCUUAUCUUUGCCAUGGCUGGACCCUCCACAGCCUUGGAGAAGGUUCGUCCGUAUGUUAUUGAUGUAAUGGGAAGGAGCAUUAUCGACAUGGGCGAAGAUGUUCGCAAGUCGAGCCUUCUCAAGAUAUCGGGCAACAUCUUUGUCAUUGGCUUUCAGGAGCUGACUGCAGAGGCUCAAGUCUUUGCGGAGAAGACGGGGCUGGGCACCCGCCAGAUGGAGCAGUUUAUCAGCGAUAUGUACGGCCCUGUCAUCGAGAGCUACUCCAAGCGCAUGACUACAGGGGCGUAUGCGCCGCCAUUGGGUACUCCUCCGGGGUUUGCCGUGACCCUUGCAACUAAGGACGCAGGCCACGCGAUCAGGAUUGCCAAGGAGAAUGGAACUCGGAUCCCGACGAUUGAGACGGCGUUAGCCCGCAUGGAGGCUGCGCGAGAGUUUGCUGGGGACUCUUUGGAUAGCUCGUCUGUGUACGGUGCAGCUCGACUUGAGGCAGGCUUGCCCUUCUGGAAUGAGACUAGCAGACAGUCAAAUUAA